UUUUUUUAUUUUGUUGAUAUUUGUUCGUCAAAAAUAUCUGUGUCAAAAGUCGAGAAUUUGUCAGUUAGUAUUUCUUAAGAGCGGAGCUUCGAAUAACAAUGCAGUUAAUUAAAAACUAAGUUUACUUAAGAUUUGAAUUUUUAAAUAGUUUCGAUGCGAAUAGUUAGCUUGAAUGGUUGACAUAGUUGUGUGAAGUUAAAGAUGGGCUUUGAAAUCAAAAGAUUUCAAGGUGACGUCGACGAAGAACUAAUUUGUCCCAUUUGCUCAGGAGUUUUAGAAGAUCCCUUGCAGGCACCUACAUGUGAACAUGCGUUCUGCCGUGGUUGCAUUACACAGUGGAUAAGUCGUCAGCCAAAGUGCCCAGUGGACCGGCAGGCUGUCACUGCCAGUCAACUGAUACCAGUUCCAAGAAUCCUACGUAACCUACUUUCAAGACUUUGUACAAGCUGUGACAAUGCACCACAUGGUUGCAGUGCUGUUUUAAAACUGGACUCUCUUGCAUCACACUUAGUGGAAUGUGAAUUUAAUCCAAAGAGACCAAUGCCUUGUGAAACAGGGUGUGGAUUGGUUAUACCCAAAGAUGAAUUAGCUGAACACAAUUGUGUGAGAGAACUCCGAGCUCUUAUAACAUCACAGCAGGAAAAGCUAACAGAUUAUCAGCAAGAACUUGCUGAACAAAGACUUAUUAUUAAUGAACAUAAACGAGAGCUUGCUUUGUUAAAGGAUUUUAUGCGAGCGAUGCGCGUAACGAAUCCCACAAUGCGUGCACUUGCUGACCAAAUGGAACGUGAAGAAGUGGUACGCUGGGCCAACUCCCUAUCUCGAGCAAAGGUCACCCGUUGGGGCGGGAUGAUAUCUACACCAGAUGACGUCCUGCAGGUGAUGAUGAUAAAGAGAAGUUUAUCUGAAUCAGGAUGUCCACCCCACAUAAUCGAUGAUCUGAUGGAAAAUUGCCAUGAACGAAGGUGGCCACCUGGCCUAUCCUCAUUAGAAACUAGACAAAAUAAUAGAAGAUUGUAUGAUAAGUACGUUUGCAAAAGAGUCCCUGGAAAGCAAGCAGUGCUAGUGCUACAUUGUGAUAAUACUCAUGUCGAUGAACACAUGAUGAUUGAGCCUGGUCUUGUCAUGAUAUUUGCUCAUGGGAUUGAAUAGCAUCUCUUAACUGACUUAGUGGCAAGUGUUAUUAAAGACUUUAAAAUGACAGACGUUCAAAGAUUACAAAUUUAUCUAUGAUGAUUUUGUUUCUGGAAUUGAAAAGCAAGAAUCCAUGACAAAGUGCUGUGGUGUUAAAGCAGUAUACAAGUUAUUUGGCUUUUCAUGUUAAAAAAAUUAAGUGAUUACUGCCAGUGUUGCUACAUUUAAAUUUUUGAUUACAUAAAAGACAAUUUCGAUUACAAAUAAGGUGUAUGUAAAAAAUUAAAAACAUGAACAUUCCGACUUAUAGAAUUACUUACUUUACUUAAUAGACUGUAGUUAUUAAUAUCUCAAUACCGAAAGCGCCAAGCCAUUAUUGUUGUAAUGUCUUUAAAUUAUAAAUAGUAUUAUUAAUGUUGAGGGUAGAAAAGAGCAAUUGUAAGACUUAAUGCAGACAUUUUCACUUAUUUUUUAUUUAGAAGAAUUAAAAUGCCUAUUAACAAAAUUAAUUUCUAUGCAUGAUAAAUGAAAAAUGUUUCUAUAUUAUUAGAUAUGUUGGCUGCUUUCUAUAGAACUAAUAUUGUAUAAUAACGAGUGCUGUGUUGAUAGUUUAAAAUAUUAGAAUAGUUUCAUCUAAGAAGUUGUAAGAAAUUACAUUGCCUUUUAUUAAAAUGUAACACUGAUUUUAUCAACGAAAUACCUUCUAGUAAAACUAUGUUUGAUUAAUUCAUACUGAUUAUUUUGUGGAUAAAAUGUAUAUUUUUAGCUCGAUUUGCAGAAAAUAAUAUUCUAUUUCUAUAA